AAAAUAAGCGAAAGUUCAAGCAAGCAAAACAAAAAGCGAGGUGCACACAGAGUAAAAUUCAGGUUAUUGUCAGCGGAUUUUCUUGUCGUUUUGAAAUAAAAGAGGAGAUUUGAGGUACGAUGGCGACAGCUGUUGCUUCGAGAUUCUCUGUCCUGAGCGUGGACGUGGAAGACGACUCCGCGAAAGUUAAAAAAUCUGAGAAAAAGAAGUCUUCAAGUGACAAGGAUAAUUCAAAAGACAAAUCCAAGUCUGGCCAGCAAGGCAAGCAGCAGUCGCAAGAUGCCAAGAAGAAGGCUAACAAGAAGAAGGACGCUAGCAAUGGCAACUCAAAAAAGCAGUCAGCUCAUUGUCAGCAGAAGCAGAGCAAACAGAAUUCCAACAGCAACACCGAGCAGUGGCAGGAGUGGCUGAAACACGAUGAGGAGUAUGUGUGUGGGUCAUAUGAAAACGAUCUGCAGGAAGCUUUGUUGAUUUCAACUCUUACAAAUAAGGAGGAAAUGAAACUGCGCAAGGUUCAAAGUCCAGAUGACCAAGGUCAAGAAAAGGGCUUGAAGAAAAAGGGCAAGGUCCAAAAACCACAGGCCAUGUCUCUGGACGAAUUCAACAAAAUGAAAGGCGACCCAACCAAAGAGGCAGAGGAAAAGGUUGACGAGCCUGAGGAAGUUGCAAAUUUCUUUGAAGAAAUAAAUGAGUUCACUGCUGAAGCCUUAAAGCUAGAAAGCAAGACUGAGCAUUUUAAAUCUCGACAGCUGAAACCUGUUACUGACGUCCACGUCACCCUGGCGCAGUUCCAGAAUGUCCUUGAAGAGAGGGAAAAAGAGAUAAUAGCACUGAAGAAAAAGGUGUCCAAGCUAGAGGCAGACCUGACAGAUGUUAAGGCUAGGAAUUCCCAGCUGUGCAGCAUGCUCGCUCAAGGAGAGAUGAAGAACAAGGCAGAAGUCCUGUUAGAGGUCGAGCAACUAAAGUCUGAGCGCAAGGAUUUGUGGUCUGAUUUGCAACGACUCGAGGUUCAGCUGGAGCAAGAGCGCUCCAAGGUUCACGCUCUCAGUCAACCCGCUGAGAAGGGAAAAUCAAAGAGCAAGAAAUAGACAGUUUCGAGUAACCAAAGUGAGAUUAAAAAGUGCUGAUUAUAAGAAAUGAAGUGAUUUCAAAGACUUCAAAAUAAUGUGCUACAAACUCAGAAUAUUUUAUCUCCUAAGAUUAUAUUGUUCAUUCCAUAAGCCACUUGAAUUUAACAGUACCAAUUUUGUGUAAAUUAAAAAUAAAAUUUCACAAUUUAUUACACGUGA